AACACACCCUUCAUCACAUAAAUAACGAACUUGUCUUGUGAAGUCACUAUGACCAUGACCUCACGAUUCUGGCUUCAUUCCAUGUUCUAUGCUCGGAAAUGGCUCAUUUCCGUAUUUCCGCAUUUCCGCUUAUCUGAUCAAAGAACCCAUCCGUGUUCGUGGCCUUAAACUUGGACUGAACAUCACAAGGCAUGUUUUCGGCUUGUCUCACCUCUCCUCAAUUGGGGACGUUCGUCCAUGGAGGUGUAUCCCCGGGCUCUUUAAGACCCUCGUGCACGCUGGCCAAAUUCAGUUCGAAUGCAAUAACCCCCAUUGAUCAUCAAGGUCCCGCCCGAAGUCAUCAUGCCGGAGCUUUGCUCAGCCAAGAUCGUUGGGUUUUAGUCGGUGGUUGGGAUGGUCGUGGGCGUGUUCGAGAUGUCCAUAUGCUCGAUUUGAACACCAUCACUUGGUCCAGUUAUGCCUUAUGGACCGGUCCUCCGCCCAUAAAUGGCCCUAAUUGCGUGCCUUGUGAGCCACCCGUGGGGUUAAGUGGACAUUCCGUAACGAGAAUCAAUGACCAAUGUCUUUUGGUUAUUGGUCGGGAGGGUGGGAUCAAGACGCAAAGGCGGUUCACUAGCAUCUUUUAUCUGUGGCUGGAUCACGCCCAUCGGACCUAUUUCUAUGCCGAAGGCGGGCUAAACGUCGAUUCGAGAUCCGGUCAUUCGGCUUGGGGCUUGUCGCGAUCUGAGCUAUGUCUUUUUGGUGGUCGACGAAGCGACCCAAUUCAGGUGUUGGAGAUCGGGAUCCAAGAACUCGCGACAUCCAACCAUCCCGAGAUUCUAACUCGAAUCCAAGCCCUGGGAUUGAAGCCUUGGCCCGGGCUAAGGCUGCAUGGAUUGCGAUAUCACGCUUGGAUACGAUUGGCGCCUCGCGUUUUUCUGGUUCACGGGGGUCAGAAUUUCAAGUCGAUUCAUAAUCAAUCGUCGGAUUUGCUCCUUUUGCAGUUCCCUGAACGAUCCUACCAUCCUCGGGUCUUCAUUGUGCCUUAUCAUCAAGCUCAGGCUCAACAUGCUCAUCACUUGGUGGCCGAAGGGUCGGAGUUGUUUUUGAUGCAGGAAAAUGGUGGACAUUUGUUGAAACUCCUCGGUCAACCAUGAAUGCCCGUGAACAAGUUGGUCAGGCAUUAGUGGAGUCGUUAAAAUAUGUGUUGUGGGAUGAACAGUUUUCCGAUCUGACUUUUCACUGUCGAGAUGGACCCAUUCGCUGUCAUAGAGUGAUUCUAGCUGCCAACAGCAGCAUUCUACAGAAGCUCUUUCUGGAUGAAUGUCAACGCGAUAAUGAUGAUAUCCAAAUCCUAUUACCAGAUUUUAACGUCAAAGAUGUCCUGAUUUUACUAUCGAUUCUGUAUUGUGGGCAAAUUAACCUCUUUAAAAGCGAGUUGAACAACCUCAUCGAGUUAACGAAAUUGCUGAAACUGAACAACUUUUUGGCUGCCGCGUCCCAGCAAACGUGGACGGAAAGAUUCACGGGCAGUUCCAAGUGGUAUGAAAGAAUCUCGCCAAAAGUCAACUACCAAGACGGACCUCUGGCAAUCGCUAACCAAGUUUCGAGUCAAGUUCACUUCGACAGUGGUGAAAAGAAAAAAGCUUGGAGUUGCACCAAUUGUGGAAAGGGGUUCCCCUCUCAAGUUGAAUUGAACCGUCACACUCGACUUGCCCACCGGAAGAAGGGCGUGAAAGACUCUAUCUGGAGUUACAUUUGCAAUGCCGACCAAAACCCGUGCGAUGAUUUGGCUUUUCCCAAAAUUCAGUCCUUCACGCAGCACAUGAUCAACGAACACGGAGUUCAUCCGUGGAAGUGUGAGAUCUGUUCCAAACGAUUCAAGGACCGUCAAAAUCUGCAAUAUCACGCCUUGGCUCAUUCAGGAGAACGCUCGUUCAAAUGCGAUCUGUGUCCCAAAUCUUUCACCAAUCCGAAGGCCUUACAUUGUCAUAAAGAGUUGCACACGGGCAGGAAGUUUUUGUGCCCUCACUGCGGUUUCAAGGCCCGAUCGAACGCCAAUCUCUACGGUCAUAUUCGCAGCAAACAUCAGGAACGAAAACUUCGCUGCCUUAUCUGUUAUCGAGCCUUUGCCUCAUCCAACAACCUCAAUCAUCAUAUGCGGGUUCACACAGGAGAGACACCAUAUUCGUGCGAGAUCUGCGAUGCUCAUUUCAAGAGGAUCCAUCAUCUGAAAGCUCAUAUCGAAAGUCGGACCCAUUGGGAUGCCAUGAACAACCGAAUUGCUUUGGGUGAAACGAUCCCGGAUCAUUUGGACCCAGCCAAGCGUAAGCCAACCGUUUCCAAGAGAGUCCCAGUGAUUCUGGAUAACCAAAAGUCGUCUUCUCAGAAUACGAAGGAUCAAGCCGUGAGUUCGGACGCAGCCGAAAAUAUGAUGGUCAUUCCUACCGAGGAGAACACGAACAAUACAGACAAAGUGUUUUUAGUUGACACCAACGAUACCGUCAUUGAGGUGCUUCAUAUGGCGCAAGGGAAAGAAAUUGCCGCUCAAGUGGGACCAUGAUUAGCGUAACUUGGUCAUACCCGUAUCGAUCGCUUUGGUUGGGUCAAGUAGAUUGAACCAUAAAUAUAACAACUAUGAUAACUUGGUCA